GGAGGAGGAGGAGGAGGAAGAGGAGGAGGACUAGAAAGGGGGGAGACAAAUGUAAUGUGUUGCAUCUGGUCCUCAGAACCUCUGACCAGCCCAGUUCCAGUCCAGUCCUGCAGCAGCUCCUCACAGGAAGCCUUCAUGAGAACAGAAAGCAGAAGCUGUCUGAGUUUAGAGUAACGUUUAGUGUGUCAGCAUGGCCGGUGGCUCGGUGUUUGAGUGUAAGGAGUACUUGUUCAAAGUGCUGGUCAUCGGGGAGUUAGGCGUGGGGAAAACCAGCAUCAUCAAGCGAUACGUGCACCAGCUGUUCUCCCAACACUACAGGGCGACGAUCGGAGUCGACUUUGCUCUGAAAGUGAUCAACUGGGACAGCAAAACACUGGUUCGGCUACAGCUGUGGGACAUCGCAGGUCAGGAACGAUUUGGGAACAUGACGCGAGUGUACUACAAAGAGGCUGUGGGGGCGUUCGUGGUGUUCGAUGUGACGCGGGGCUCCACGUUUGAGGCGGUGUCUAAGUGGAAGCAUGACCUGGACAGCAAGGUCAAGCUGGCUAAUGGCAACCCCAUCCCCUCAGUGCUGCUCGCCAAUAAAUGCGACCAGAAGAAAGACAGCUCCAACAACACGGCCCUAAUGGACAAUUUCUGCAAAGAGACUGGCUUUCUGGGCUGGUUUGAAACCUCAGCUAAGGACAACAUCAACGUGGACGAGGCAGCACGCUUCCUGGUAGAGAAUAUCUUGGCCAACGACAAAGGUUUGCCGUAUGAGGAGAGCAAUGGAGAACGGAUCAAACUACACCAGGAGACUGUGGCUGCCGAGAGCAAGUCAGGCUGCUGCUGACACUCGAUCACAUUACCCAUCCGCCUCCCUUUGGCGGGGUCCAACACGAGCACCCAGCCUGUGGCUCUCAGCACUCCUCUGCAGCGUCUCUGAGGAAUAUGAAUUCUUUGGUUCUCCAAAGCUCCAGGAUCUUCUCCUCUCUGCACUGAUGCCCGUUUGACCUGCACAUCCAAGUUUCUCAUUGUAGUUCUCCCUAAGCCAGAAUAGAAGCCCAAUUUUAUUUUGAUGUUGUCGCAGAUAUUGUCACUGUCACUGUUUCCAUCUUUGUCCCACAUCUCUAAACCACAGCGUCUUUAUUAUUGUGUUUGUCUCACUGCGUAUUUCCCUGAUUGUGUAUUUGACCACCCUGACAGCCUCUGCAGCCCUGGAUUGUUCCACGCCUGAGAAAGGGCUGCAAACUAAGCAGAAAUAUGCGAAACACAGCUAGAAAACAACUUGUAGCCUCUUAAUAUCUGUCUCUUUGGCGUAUUCUCUCUCGGUCAUUCAACAUCUAUGAAGCAAGACACUUUAUUGUACAGUGUUGGAAGUAUUUCUUCAGUUAAUAUAGAUGGACAUUAAUGACAAUUUAUUUUUACAGCACAUUCAUGUUUGUGUUUCCAUCUGUUCUGUGUAAAACAUAAGGCCUCACAGUUAAGUAUUAUCAAAGUGUUAUUGUAUCUCAUAUCACUGUCAUGAACUGUUGUCUUUAUGCCAUAUUUUCUCUGACGUUAAGUGCCAUAAUACAGUUUUUGUUAUGUUAAUUAGAGGGGAACACUUUGUUAUGCAUUCAAACAUUCACAAAGACACAGACGGACAAUACAGUAUUUCAGAAAAAAAACUAUGACACUGUCUUUCCACCAGUAUGAAAUGUAGGUCUGAUUUACGGUAUGUAUUUUUUUUACAAUGUGUUUGAUCAUGCAUUAUGUAACUGGUGAGAUAUCAUAAAACAAUCAGACAGAGGACUACACUCUUGUACAUUAAAGUGUUCAGAUGAAAUAUGAAAGAUUUUUAAAAAAUAAAACAUUGAGUUGAGAUUAAGUUUACAUGUGAAAAUACGUUAAAAAAAACAAGACCAAAAUAGAAUAAACAUUUUAACAGAUUCUUUUGUUGUCUACUAGUGAUUAGAUUGUCUGUCUGUUCAAAUGUAUUAAAUCUAUCUAAUUUA